GAUUAAUUUAAUUAGUUAAUUUUUAAACUUUGUCUUCUACUUAUUAUGUAAAUAUUCAUUGAUGGAAUACAUUUCUUCACUAUGUUAGAAAAAGUUCUAGACACAUUCCACUAUUUAAUGAUAAAAUAAAAUGCCAUCAGUCAUCAGACAAGGAUGAUACAUCAAUGAUGACAGUACCAGAACCAAGAAUUAAAAGAAAAUUUUCAGGUCAUAGAAAUUCCAGGACAAUGAUCAAAGAAGCCACAUUUUGGGGUGAAAAUUUUGUUAUGAGUGGGUCUGAUUGUGGACACAUAUUCAUUUGGGAUCGGUACACAUCACAGUUGGUAAUGGUUUUAGAAGCUGACAAUCAUGUAGUGAAUUGCUUACAGCCACAUCCAUUUGAUCCAAUAUUAGCAUCAAGUGGCAUAGAUCAUGAUAUAAAAAUUUGGGCUCCUUCACAACAAGAACCUAUAUUUGAUGAGAAAAAAGCAAAAGAAAUUAUAGGAAGAAAUGAAAUAAUGUUAGAAGAAACAAAAGACACAAUCACAGUUCCUGCUUCAUUUAUGAUUAGAAUGCUUGCAUCGUUAAAUAAUUUGCGUUCUGCUGGAGGAAUAUCAGGAUGGAGACGUUUCAUGAGGGAUGACCGAUUAUACGAACAAUAAAAAGCACAAAUUAUUGCACCCGUUUGCACAAAGACAGCAUUGUCUUCAGUUAUAGAUCAUUGUAUAUCUUUCUGUGAUAACAGAGUUUUCCAAACUUUAUUUAUUAAUAUAUACAGAAUGUAAUAUAUACAAAAUAUUUACUAUAUAACUAAUAAUUCCCCAUUCAUUAAAAUUGCACAUUGGCAUUUGAUUUAUUAAAAAUAAUAAUCAGUAAGAUUUUGUAAUGAAAUUGUUGCAAAUAGAAAAUACAAGCUCAAUGAAAAAUUAUAUACUUACAAAAUGUAUUUUCCUUAUACAUCAUAAUUUUCAUUAAAACUAGUCUGUAACAACAUAUUUGUUCAUUGUUACUAGUACUUAAAUGCAGUAGAUAAUUUUGUUAGUUGAUAUUAAAAUUUUGUUUUGAAUGA